AUGCCAUAUUGCACGGUUAAACUGGGGCUAAAUUCACAAAAUUGGAUCAAAGAAGAUUGGCGACGCGUUCUUUGGACUAUAAAUCCUCUAUCAGCACCGAUUAUUAUGGAAAAGCUCGUGUUUGGUGUCAUAAAUAUGAGCUUUAUGAUCCAAAUUGCACACAAGCAACCGUUAAAGUGGCCAAACGUCUGGGCAUGUGUGAGUGGACUCAAUUUAAAUCAUUCGGUACGCACCCCCUCACGUAUAAAUGGUGAAAAGGACAAUGCACAAAUACACAAGAGAAAAUUUGUAAAGGAGCUUAAAGAUUAUCUUGGAAUUGUGACAAUGGAGUGGCCACCACAAUUAUCAGACCUGAGUUCAAUUGAAAGUACAGAAGCUGACUUGGAGGAAGCCGUAUUUUCCGCAUGGAAUACUAUUACAUUCUUCACUUUAUAG